UUGUUAUUCCACUUACGAUUAUAAUUCAUUAUUGUGUGACAAUUUUUUUUAUAUAUUCAGGUUCUUCCGAUGUACUGAAUUAAAACAGCAAGUAUCAUGUACCACAGGAUCAAGCCAACAGGAUUAUGCCAAUAGGGUCAGGCCUUCAGGAUCCAAGGAUUUGUUUUUUUUUAAUUAUACAUAGUUGGCUACAGUGUGUUAAACAAAGAGAUACAUGAUCGUAGGUAAACAAAACAAGAAUGGCGGUGGCAGUGUGAAAAUACAGGCUUUGUAAUAAUAGCAGGGCUCGACUAUGAAACAUGCCCUAAUCUUCCGUCAUCACGGAAUGCUUCGGCUGAAAUGUGUAGCAGCAAAAAGCUAUCGUUGCUUGUGCACCAAAACUGACUCCGAUAGAAGCUGCAAGGCAAUCAGACGCAGAUUCAUUGAUUUCUUUGCUCGAGAACAUGGUCACACAUUCAUCAGAUCCAGCCCCGUGGUACCUUACUGUGACGCCACUGUUGCAUUUGUCAAUGCCGGGAUGAACCAGUUCAAAGGAGUUUUUCUUGGGCAGAGAGCGCCUCCGUGUCCAACAGUUGUAAACAGCCAGAAAUGCAUCAGAGUGGGUGGGAAACACAGCGACCUGGAUCUGGUUGGCAGCGAUGGCUACCAUCACACGUUUUUUGAGAUGUUGGGAAACUGGUCCUUCAAUGACUAUUUCAAGAUGGAGGCAUGCCAGAUGGCAUGGGAACUGCUGACUGGCCCAUUCUGCAUCAGCCCUGACCGGCUGUAUGUCACGUAUUUCAGUGGCGACAACAGCAUGGGUCUGGAACCAGACCUGGAAACAAAGCAUAUAUGGCGGAGUAUUGGUGUACCGGAAGACCGUGUCUUGCCGUUUGGGACUGCCGAUAAUUUCUGGGAGAUGGCUGCCACAGGCCCGUGUGGGCCUUGCACGGAGAUUCACGUCGACCACGUGCCGUCGAGAAAGAACGCCGCUGACAAAGUCAACAAAGGUCACGCUGACCUCACAGAGUUGUGGAACCUGGUGUUCAUCCAGUACAACAGGACAGCAGACGGUCAAUUAAAACGGUUGGAGUCUCAUCAUGUUGAUACAGGGAUGGGUUUCGAGAGGUUGAUUGCAGUAAUGCAAGGCAAAACAUCGAAUUACGACACGGAUGUGUUCCAACCGUUGAUCUCUGCAAUUCAAAAGGCGACUGGUGCAACUCCGUACAGGGGAGCGUUUCUUGGCGACGGCGGCGACGGGAACCUGGACUGGUCGUACAGAGUGCUUGCCGAUCAUUCGAGGAUGGUUACAGUUGCUCUUGCGGACGGCAUGUUCCCGGACCAAAAUCAUAAGCUGCGGCGUGUGCUUCGCAAAGCUUUGCUCGUGUCGCAGCAAGCGUUCAACGUGAAGAAGGGUCUUUUGAAGGAACUCACCAAUCACGUCGCUGAAUCACUUGCCUCCGCAUACCCUGAAAUAGGCAGCAGAUUGAAACAGGUGCAGGUGAUUGUAGACCACGAGGAAGAUGUGCUGGCGCGGAUACGCCGGGAAGCCACGGCGGAGUGGCAGACGCUGGUCGGCGCCAAGCCCCAGCUCCGGUCGCUGGACGCGGUGGAGAUGCCGGGCCUCGUCGCGGGCUACCGGGAGCUCCGGGCGGCCGCGCCGACCCUGAAGGCCUUGCCGGCCGACCUCGCGUUCAAGCUGUACGACACCCACGGCCUCGACCGGGACACCAUCGCUCGGCUCGCGGCGGCGGAAGGGUUGGCGUUCGACGCGGGGGAGUUCCGGAGUGCCCUGGAGGACGUGAGGUGGCGCUCCAGGGCGGGCGUUGCCCCCCGGGAACAACCCGCGCAUCGGGCAGCGGCAGAGGAGCUGAGGAAGCGUGGCGUGCCUCCGACAGACGACCGUCACAAAUACGACUUUGAGCGGGCGGCGAGCUCUGGGGAGUACCGGUUCCCCUGCGUGGAGACUGUAGUGAGGGGCAUAGCCGUGGAGGGGAGGUUGGUCCUGCGCGUCGACGCCGGGGCGACGGAGUGCUCGGUCGUCGUGGACCGGACGAACUUCUACCACGAGGCAGGCGGCCAAUCCUGCGACGUCGGCUGCAUGUUCAUGCCGGAUGGGAGCAAGCUAGAUGUGAGAAGUGUAACGAAUGUUCAAGGAUACGUGUUUCACAGUGGGAUAUUUACUGGAAUGCCUGGAGCCUGCGUCUCCGUGGGAGACGCGGCGAGGCUGGAAGUCGGCGCGGCGCGUCGCGUCGGGAACAUGAGGAACCACACUGCCACCCACAUCCUGAACGCCGCCUUGCGCCAGCGCCUGUCGGUCACCUGCCAGAAGUCGAGCCGGGUCGCGGAGUCCGGGCUCUCCCUGGAGUUCUCCGUGUACGGGGAGUCCUUCGGCCCGCGAGACGUGGAGCACAUCGAGGGGACGGCGAGGGACGUCGUCAGGGCCUCCGUGCCGGUCCGGAGGCGCACCGUGGACGCCGGCCAGCUUCUGGCGCUCGAUGACGUCACCUCGGUGCCGGGGGAGGUCUACCCUGAGGAGGGGAUACAUCUCAUCGAAAUAAAGAGCAGCAAGCUGACUUCCAGAGAGCCGUGCUGCGGCACACACGUCGCCAACACGGGCGACUUGUCGGACCUGUGCGUGGUGGGCGUGGGCGCGGAAGGGGCCGGCGUGCGCUCCUUGCGGGCCGUCACGGGCCCAGAAGCUGCCCUGGCUCGCCUCCGGGGGGAACGAGCGGAGAGAUCGGCGAGGGACCUGUCCCGCAGAGUGGCGAACAUCUCGCCAGAGGAGCAAACGCCGGAACAGAUAGAAACGCUGCACAAACAGCUAUGUGAUGUUCAGCAGCUGUUUACAAGAAAUGAUGAUCUUCCAUACAUAGUGUGCCUGCGCUGUUUGGAGGUGGUGCAGGAAUCACUGAAACAGUUGAAGAUGGUUGCCCGGACCACUUUCAGAGACACCAUGAAGGAGGAAAUGCAGGCAGUGUUGCGAUCGGUGCAGCAACAGCAUGGGAAGUUUGUGGUCCACUUCUUGCGCUGUUCGUCCGCCAAGGACACUGUCCCUCUGCAGAAGGCGACCAGAAUGGCUCCGCUCACGCCCGUGCUGCUGUUUGCCGAGAGUGAAGGCGUGCUGAAGGCCAGGUGCUGUGUCCCUCAGCACUUCCUGUCCGACCAAUUCAAUGCAGAGCUGUGGAUGCAGCCGGUGCUGGCUGAACUAAAAGCUCACGGAUCUGUCCCCAAGGGUCAGAAUCCUUUAUUAGUGUAUAACAUGAAAGGUAAGAAAGUUCCGAAGCAUCAGUUUGAAGACAUCAUUGCUCAUUUGAUUCAAAUUGCACGAGACUUUGCUGAAAAAAAGAUAACCUAUGAUUCAUUAGAUUCUGGUAGUGUUGGAAAAUGAUUUUCCUAACUGUUCAAAUAAUGUAUUUGUGUACAGUAAGUGAUAAUACAAGUUUAAAAUAUAACUCUUUAAAAAAAUUUAUGUUUAUAAUGUUAUUGCUUAGUUUAGAACUGUCCAACAGUCUCAAUUAAUUUUUUUUUAUUACAUUUGUUUUUUUUUUGUUUUUUUGGUGAUCUUAACCUCAAUAUACUUAGUACCUACUUACAAAGAAUAAUUGUAACUGAAUAACUACUAAAAAAAUGUUAGCCAUGCCACUGCCUUUAAUACAAAAAAAAUUAUUUCACUAAGGCCUAGUAGUUAAUUUGAAAUACUGAAAAUUGAACUCAUCAUGUGAGAAUUGGAAUGUUCAUGCUUUUGAGCUUAGUUAGUUUUAAAUAAUUAGAAACAAAAAUUUCCUUAACAAUACAAAAUUGUACGUAUGCAGUUUUAUCAGGGUUCCUACAGACAGGGAUAACCCAGGGAAUUGAAAAAGUGUCUUCAAAUUGUGGAAAACACAGGGAAAUAGUUAAUUUCUAAGUGCAAAACAGCAUCAGCAAUUUUUCAGUGUGCGGUAUAUAAAUUUAGUAAAAUGGAAUGUAUUUAUUCAUGAAUUAUUUAAGUAGAUAUAAUAUAAGGGAUACAAGCAAUUUACUGUGUAUUAAUUUGAAGCAGAAUUAAAUAUCUAUAAGCCUAUUGUAGUCGAAUAGUUCAAGCUCAAUCAGUGUAUAAUUUGAGAGUUUGAUAAAAAAAAAAAAUGUAUUUGUUAUCUUGAGCAAACUGGCAGUGUUGGGUACAUAGUUUUGAUCAAAAUGACAUUAAAAGCUGUAUAUUGUGCAGGAAAACGUUUUAAAGUCUUUGAUGAUGUGUAUAUUUGUCAAAAGGUGUUUGAUUGGGAAUUUUUAACAUUUAUUUUAGUACAUAUAUACUGUUGUUUAGCCAGAUGGAUGAGACAGUGAAACGAUAACGAGCUGAAGUGGGUGUGUGGGAACCUUGAUUGUACAUAGCUUAUAAUGCAGUGUAAUAAUGUGCAACACCAUCAGCUGCCCAGGAGCGGACCAGGCAGCGAAGUCACGUCUGACAGCUCUCUUCCCCUUUCCCGUCGGGAUACACCAAUGAGCUUGCAUUCCUCCCCUUUUAUGUCGACAACUGCCCGGAAGCAUUGGCACCUACUACGUACUUCCUACACCCCCCGCAUUUGUCACCAUGUGAACAUUGGCCAUUUUACUGCUAGGCACCACAAGACUGGUGACUUAUCCUUAAUGUGAUCACAAAUGAGAUUUUCUUCAGCCUUUCCUGGAGAUACAUGGUCUCCUUUUGAUUGGCACAGAGGAUCACAAGUCUGCUGUGUUUUUGUGUUACAGUAUACAAUACCAUAUUGACUGGUAAUAAAUUUUAAUUUUAUGAUAAAAGCGGUUUUUUUUAAACUAUAUGUUUACUAACUUAUAUUAGCUUCACUUGUAACUAACGAACUAUGUACAAAAUCUUGGAAGUCAAUUUUAACCUACUUCUGACUGUAGUAUCAACUUGAAACUUUGCAAGUAUAUAUGUAAUCCAGAUGACAAUACUGUAAUUUGGCACCAUCUAACUGAUCUGAUGAUGGAGCCAGGAGGUAAAUAGUGGAACUCAACUUUUUAGCCAAACUUUUUCUUUAAUUGAAUUUUAUUAAAGUAAAUAAUUUGGUAUUUGUUUUCCAAUUCAAACUCUAAAACUGAUAUUUGCACAAGCCUACAAUUACUUGUAUAUUUGUAGAAAUAUCUUAUUUGGUUACACUAAAACUAUAAAACUAGACUACAUAAUGAAAUGCUAUACAAAUGUCACUAUCUGACUAAAAUAAAGAAAAAAUGCAGCUUACAAAAAAUUUAUUCAUAAAAUUUGAGUAUUUCGUUGACAGCAAAAAAACUAAACUGCACCAAAUUUUCCUCAGCUGCUUGGAAAACUUGUCUGAAGACUAAAUUAUACUUGGCAAGUCUUAGAAGUCAAGUAACAUUAUCACUAAUACAAUAAAAACCAAAAUGUUCAUGACUAGCUUCAUUUACCAUUGUGAAUCAUAUCCACCUCAUUCAUUUAAAAAUCUAUGUAUGCAAACCAUUCACAUGUUAGCCAAAUCUAUGUAUGUAUAUAUAAAAUUUACUUUUGAUUCACAAAUGUCAUACACAUAUGAAAGGGUAGAGUAAAUCAUAUUAAUUGGCAAAUUAUUUUCAACAGAAGUGCUUUCUUUUUUAUGUGAAAUUAGGAGGGGAGGGGGAUGCUCCAGCAUAUUUAGAUAUUUCACAUACUUAAAGUGUAUAGCAAACACCACUGCACAUUUUUUAGUGACCAUAUGGCACUAAUGUAUAAAAAAAAAAAUUCCAGGAAAAGAACAUUGUCUGUUUCACUAUCACUGUGGCAAUUAACAUACCUUUUUAAAAAGAAAAAGAAAACUACUUGCUGAAUUUUUUUUACAUCAGUUGCAUUACAAGUAUUAUAAGCGUAAUUUUUUUGUCACCAGACAAAACAUUAGGUUGUCCAUGGCAACAUUUAUCAUCUGACAGACUCACACCAACAAGAGUGCAUUACAUACAAACAUUAGGAAUCCACACAGUUUUUAAAAUUAUGAAUGUGGGCGUGCAAGGAAACAUUUGAUGUGUCACGACUUUACCCGACAUAAAAAUUUAAGUGUUACAAACCUUUCUCUUGAUAGAUAAAGAAAAAUAAAAUAUAUCCACUAUUCACAAAAAAAAACUUUUUGUCAAGUAAUUUAAAAUUUAUCUAUUCUGGAAAAACUGUUCAGUAAUUCACAACAAAACAGUAAAAAAAAAAAAAAAAAAGGCAGAGAACAUUAAACACAUCACAGUUGCAAAGACACUUAAAAACACGUAACAUUGCCUGGAAACCAUGCUUCUACAAGGUCCAACCAAACACACAGUUCAGAACCUGGUCCACCGCCCUCUUGUGCACUUUGCAUAGGAGGAGGGAGGUAGGGGGCGUUCAUCCUAUAAACCAAAUGACCAGCCCAAUCAAAACUGUACAAUAAAUUAUUAUGCGGUAAAAUAGACAUUGCACACACAACUCUUCUCAGUGGGGUUCAGUUUUGCAAUAAUUCAUUUUUAAAACACAAAAGUUUUUACACAAUUUUUUAUUUUAUUUUGAAAGCCAGUCAACUGAAGGCUCUGCUUCACCCACCUUUUUGGAUUUUUUUUGUUGAUAAUUUAGGAUUUAAUGAAGAAAUAUUUCAAAAUAUGAUACAAUAGAAGUGUCAUCAGUAACAACCAAGAAACUGAACUUCCAACGAGCAACCACGAUGCAAUUAGUCAACAAAACCUUCAGUCACAAGAAUUUGCAGAACAUUUUAUGAAUAGCAGGCAACAUGCUGCAUAUCUCCGACAAAAUUUGCUACAAAGAGGUCAAUUUAUGGAACUAUGGAGUGUUAUGUAUUUAUUACAACAGAGAAACUUAGGGACAUCUCAAAAUAUUUUGUAAAAUACUUAACAUUAGUAUAAAUCCUUAAAUUUUUGCUUAUUACAUAUUGAUUUCCAAACAUGUGAAUUUUUUUAAAUUACAGUAAUCGAAACUAAUUAGGGUUCUAGACCUUUUCGCAUUAUCACACUUUCAAAUUAGCUGAAUAAUUGCUGUAGUACAAUAAUAGUGUGUAGUAAAAUACAUUACUAUAAGCAUUAUAACACUACAUAUAACUUUUAAUAUCACUAAACAUGUUGAUAAUUUAGUCAAGAUUCAAAAAUAUUUUUAAAAUACAACAUAUUCAAGUCUUUUUGUUUUUUUUUCACCCUAAACUCAUUCGGUUUAGUAGGACUCUACUGUACUUGAAUGGAUUAUGUUGUUACUGUAUAGAAAUGUUAAUUACUUUGUCAUCUGGUAUCUGCAUGAAAACUUUAUAGCAUUUAAUACUUGUUUAAUUGUAUGUACAAGUGUGAUUGCUGAUGGGUGUGCCUGUAAGUUGGCAGCACUGAUAUUGGAGCAUCUGUAAAAAUUGUAUUAGAUUAAUUUGCAACAGUCAAGAUUGCGGCUGAAAAUGAGCUUUAAUGGAAGGUUUAGUGCACUUAAUUUGGGUGACAAACAUAUGCAGAAAACAGAUUUUGUCACUUAACAAGCCACUAACCAAAAAGUCAUCAAGAACUAUGCUCACAUUUUACAUCACCAGACUGCCCUGUUGAGCAUAUUUUGACUAAUAAUUGGCUAAAUUAUUAUGCACAAGAUGUGCAGGCAAUGUAUCACGUUAAUACUUUGAUAAGUACUUUAAAGACAUCAUGUAAUAAGUAUCCAAUUCUUACUAAAAUAAAUACAAAAUGAUAAUAUAGAUAACUCUGUAAUAUUACUUAGUUCAUGUUCACGUAACAAAUGAACAGUGCCUUAUGAUAUGCACACUGUUCAUGGGGAAAGAUGUUCAUGAGGAAAGUAAAAAAUGGAGGGUCCAGCGCACAAGAUCAAAAGUACAUUUUAGAUGGGUUUACAUAUUUUGUGAGUAACGUAGGUGAGAUGCUUGUCUGAGUAACAUACUACCAUACUACAUAAUUAUGGCCUUUGCAGAAGCUACAAGCCCUGUUGCGUGGGCAUAACUGAACCAAGCCCUUUGUUCAGAUGAUAUAUACUUGAUCUCAUGUCCAUUUUGUGUACAGUUAUCCAUUGUUUUUAAAAAACCUACUUCAUUUUAAGUGUAUUAUAAUAUAGCAGGGUCUCCAUUAACCGAGCUUUCAUACUAUCUGAACAGACCUAAGGCGCCAUUAUGGCAAAACCUUUGAAAAAUUUGCUUGAUGACCUCAAAAAUGAUCUAACUGUCGUCAGAAGCCUAAAGGAAAAUUAACCUCAAAGAUGCCAUUUAAUAAUUUGGGCAAAUCAUUGAAGGAAUCUACACCGAAAAAAAAGCUGGACAAACAUAUUCCCAGAAAAUUACACAGUGGGCCAAUUGAAAACCAAAGUGAUUUUUCUCAUUAUGUCCGCAUUAAUGAAGAUUUUUCUUAUCAGUUUGCAGCUGUCCAAAUCAACUAAUUUAAUCACAAUACUGCUGUUGUAAAAAAUACCAUUUAUUCAGUCAAUGAAUAAAGAGUAAUGGCCUAACAUCUCUUCAUUAGAGAAUACAAGGAGUGAUGAGACGAAAAUGAAUGGGAAAACCAGAGUACCCGAGUAAACUCACUAGCUCAUGGCAAAGUCUGCCACAUCUUCCACUCAGACGAGAAUCGAACAGAUCAUCUUGAUGGGAAAAGAGUGAUCUGACCACUUGCCCAUCAUGGCCCCAGUCAGUCAGUGACUCUGGCAUGUAGCAAUCAUCUGAUUAGAUGAUGCUUAUAUGGGUAUUUUAGGCUAUAUUGAUUUUUCUACAAUAGUUUAAAUACAGCGGACUCCAGCUAAUCCGAAAAUCAGUAAGUUUAGGAUGAAAAUAAAUAUUUUAAUUUUUUUUUGUUUUUUUUUUUUUAUAAAAAUAAUUUAAGAAGUUAAGUGAUUUCAUGGUUGUAAAAAUGUUAUAGGCCAUGUUACGUGAAAAUAGAACACUUCUAGAAAUGUAUUUUACUACACGCUUUUGCAUUAUGACAAUGACUGCUAAUCUGACACUACAGCAAUUAUUCUGCUAGUCCCAAAAUAUGGUAAUCCAAACAGGUCUCUGCUCCAAUUAGUUUAGCUUAGCGGGACUUUACUGAAUAAUAAUUUGUUUGUCCACUUAAUAUUUGAACAAUAUUCAGUUUUACUUCAAAACAAAUAGGAACAUAUUCUAUUUUCUUUUUGAUUAAAUGGCUAAAAAUUUUGAUGAAAGUAAUUUUGGCAGACAUUGAAGUUUACGUCUUGACUACUCCUGGAGCUGAAGACAAGAUAACAUAUUGUCUACUUGCAAAAAAUUGAGAAUUAUUGCGAUCAACUUUGAGCUUGUUUUCCUCACAAAUAUGACGUGGAUUUAAUCUAGUUGCGCUCCGAACCCUCUUAACAUCAACCCACAAAAGGCAACCCAAUUGGUUAGCUGGUUGAUCCACCAAGACACUCAAACUAAACUUCUAAGUUAUAGCAAGGAAUUGAAAAAACUUCACAUGAGCUGUUGUGAUGUUAAAUAGUGGAUGAAUACUGUUCUCACAAUUUAAAUCUUGUCACAGACAACUCUGUACACAUACAUCAAAUCUAGCAUCAUAUGAACAUAGCUAGAUAUUAAUACAGACUAAUAAGCUUAGCAGCAGUUUUUCGUAACAUUACAUAGUCAACCAACUCUUGCUGGUGCGAUUUACAGCGUAUAAACAUUAUUACUUCCCUUGUCAAAAUCAUGAUUUCUAAGUGGAUUUUAAACUCUGUUCAUCCACAUCUUUCCUACGUCAAAUUCUUGAGCAAUUAUCACCAAAAAAAUUAAUACUGGACCCAGGAAUCUCGGUCUGCAAGAAAACUUACAAUAAACUGUGAUGUUACAUGAAGAUUUGCAUCUCUGGUUUGAAAAAUGCUUAACAGAAAAUAGACUAUAGGUAUUAAAUGUCAAGCUACAAGAAUUAUCAAGCAUACUUUAAAUUCAAACCGUGACAUACAUUCUAUGUACAGCAGAAAACAAAACGAUUGCAUGUUUUCACAUCACAGUUUUCACAACUUUGCAAAAUAAAAUUUCUUUUGCACACCUAUUAAAAUGUAUGCUGUACAAAUAUUUUCAAUUCUGCGAUGUUAGUAAAAACAUGACAUGUAAACAUCUUAAAACUUAAUACAAGCAACAUCAAUAAAUACAUAAUGCAUACAUAAAACACUAUUGUUAAAGCGAUGCAAUGUUCUUGAACAAAAAUUGGCAAUUUUUCACAUAACAAAAGUGAGCCACACAGACGUUCAACAAAACACUCACACACUUUCAGGUAGUUCUGGGUGGGGCAAGGGGAACAGAUUAAAUGGCAACAUUUCAGAACAUGCAGAUAGAGCACAAUAUUAUUGUCACAUAUAGAAGCAAUCUACAUCACACCACAUCAGCCUACUCUACUACUAACCUGUAGGCUAUACAGAUCUAAACCCACACUUCAUAAACACUCCAUUAGUAUUUUCAACAUCGCACAGGGAACGACAGGUGUGCCACCAAACACCACAGCACUACAACACGACAGACACUCACGCAAAGCAUACCACAACAAGCAUCCACUCAGGAUAUAAUAAACAUCUUAUGUAACAAGUAUAAUUCUUUCUCAAAAAUAAUUCUACAAUUACAAUGUGCGUUUUUUUUCUCCCACCAAGUACAACAAGGACAAUACAUAAGAGUAGUGAGCACCAGUUGAGUUAAUGACAGUUUGUUAGAGCAGUAUGCACUUUGUGCUGUGCCUUCGUUUUCUUCGAUUCUUCUCUAGCUCAGCUGGUGGCUGGUUGCGUAUGAUGCGCACAACCU